AUCUGAUAUCCCUACACCCGAAAUUGUCAAACUACAAUCACAAUGACUGAAAUGGCCGCUCAGGUCGGGGAUGGGGAGGACAACAACGACGGACCAAAUCCAGUGUUUGAGGAAAAUGAUGCUGCUGGCCCACUGCAAGAUCCCCUGGAACGGCGUACAAUCUUCGCUGCAUUGGACUCUUUCUAGUAAGUGAAAAGAAGAAAAGACGUGGGUAAAUCGAAAAACAGAGGGCAAGAGCAGCUAGGCGAUGUCACUCCAGUAUCGCAAAAAUGCCCAUUACAAUACCACCCACCGUCGCCGUCAGAACCUCUACGCCCUCCCUUCCCGGCAAUGGCAACUACUCGCCGACCCGCCCUUCUCCAUCCUUGACACACUCACAGCAGUCGACGACGCCAUCGACCACAACGCCGACUUGGCCGACGCCAUCUUCAAUCUGGGCAUAACAUCGCUCGGCCUUGACGAAACACCCGCCGCAGACUCACCUCUAAAUUGGCACUCGCACGCCCAACCCAACGACAUGUCUAAAGCGCACUCGACUAUCCGCCAAUUCUACCGCGACUGGUCUCACAAAGGCUUCAUCCAGGAGGUGCGCCCUCUACUCGACAUCAUCUCGGAGGAUCUGGACAUCCACAUGACCGGUCCCAGGAGCGACAGAAGGCUCAGCAACAUCCUCCUUCCAGGCGCCGGUUUAGGCCGGAUCCUUUUCGAACUAUGUAGAUGGGGCUGGAACAUCACAGGCAACGAAAUAUCCUACCACCAACUCCUCGCCAGCAAUUUCAUACUCAAUGCCACCACUAACCCCGAUCAAUAUGAAAUUUACCCCUUCGCAACCACAUUUACCAACACCAUCUCCCGCGAAAACCAGCUCGCACGGCACACCAUCCCCGACACGCACCCGGCCCAAACCCUAGCUGAGCUCUCCUCGACCGGCCACCCCAUAGGAGAAAUGAACAUGACAGCCGGCGACUUUGUGCUUUCAUACUCCGGCCCCGACACAAGAGAAUCUUUCGAUGCCGUGAUCUCAGUCUUCUUCAUCGACACUGCACCCAAUCUGUUCCGCUAUAUCGAGACAGUAAGAAAUUGUCUCAAACCCAACGGUACAUGGAUCAACAUCGGUCCUUUACUCUGGCAUUUCGACGACCGCGUCCACGGCGGAAGUCACAACGAAGGGGACAGCAACUCCUCAGGAGGACGACAAAAAGCAGAGGUCGGGCAACAGACACAACAGUCACAUUCCCAUUCCAACAACACAUCCUCCACGCCCACCGGAAGCUCCACAUCAACGCACCAACAAACGGGAAUGCUUGACAAGGAAGACCAAGGCAUAGCCGAACCCGGCUCCUUCGAACUCUCCGACGAAGAAGUCACCCGACUCGUUUCCAAACUCGGCUUUGAAAUUCUCAAGCACGAAAUCCUCGACAACAAUGGCGCUGGGUUCGGAUAUAUGCAAGACCCUUCAAGUCUCCUGCAAAACCGCUACAAGUGUAGUCACUGGGUCGCCAGGAAACUAUAAUACCACCCUAAAAAGGGUAACCACAGUCAGGAAAAGGCACUCAGAGUGAGUCAUCAGUGCAUGAAAAAUUGAAAACCCUCAACAGUAGCGGCAACUGCUGGGGCUAUGUUUAUGGCUACAUGCAAGAUCCUGCCGGCCUAUUCACAAUUCUACGAAUGGCUACAAACCUUCCCUUAGUCGCUGGAUGCCUGGGAGAUCUUGACUUGACUACAUCCCCUGACAAUGCGAUCCCCUUCAACCGGGCUUCGCAAGUGCU